CCCGCCUCGAUGUCCAAAUGGUAAGCGAAUGUGUGUCCUAUCCCAUCAAGGUCCCGUUACUUCUUUUCGACGCGUGAAUCAACAAACCCAAUGGCGAUGUAUGAUGGGAUUGCUCGCAAUUUACGAGGCGCCCGCUUCUUCUAGGUUACAACUUACGAGUACCAACAUUCAUGGACCAUGGCCAGGCAAUCCACUACCGCAUCGUAUCGUCACCAAGAGACUGCAUUUCAAGGGUUGAAGGUACCCCGUCACGCAAAAAAAAAAAAUUGGGUAUUACAUGGCAACUUCGGUCUCAUUCCACCUACUGCUGUUGUCCUUUCGGCUGCGGCACAAACAAGUCCCGUUUGACGGUCCUCCACCUUUCAGCGCCUCGCUGCAGUCCAGUGUUCUUCCAGCGUUCUUGGACCUGAUACAGCCGCGGACGGUAGCCACGGGGCACGCACAGGGCCGCAGCUAUUUUUUUUUCGUUGUCUCUAAACCAUUCGCUGCUUCAUUUGAACUCUAUGGACAGGCUUCCAGGUUUGGGAGCAAUAGGCCGCGCGACAAACUUCCCAGCCCCGGCAAGUCCAGCGGCGAGCCCAUUUCUUCCAAAGUUGGAAAGGUUGCUAAAGGGAUAAAAGGCAAGGUCACUCGCAACUUGAAGCUUAUCGUUAUUACUUUUGACCCUCGUCAGUGCUUGCCGGGACAAGACAACGCAGUUGGUUGUGUUCCGUAUCUCCGCUUUCCACCAUGGAACCGGCAAGUACGGUUCGUCAAGAGCAGACCUAAGUGAUCGUCUGGAUUGAUAGCCAGUCCUGGAGGAAAUGUGCAGUUAGAGGCAUCCCCGCCCAUAACUCUUUGCAAUCACCGCAUCAGGCGAACAGCUUCGAGCCAACACGUUUUUGCGCCGUCUCUUAGUUGCGAUGUCGCCGACUUUUCCGUGCAUUUGGGCAUCGCCUAAUAUAGAUAUAUACCUGGAGUGUGUGGAAUGACGGAUCCCUAGCGGAAGGUAUUGCCGUCGGUUCCGAUCUUUAAUAGUAUAACAAUCCUAUCAAUCUAGGCAUGGUAUCCCUGGACUCGAGGCAAGUGUUAGCGACUGAAAACGAGUCGUGCUACCACUUCCAUAUCCUAUUAAUUUGAAGCAAGGAAACGUAUUGGUAUUUGAGGAGCUGCCUUGUAUCAUUCCAGCCUCAAGAGACUCCUUUGGAGACUAGGUGUAGUUUUCCGUCUCAACCACGCCGAUAUCCGUAGACCAGGAUAUUAUCGAAUCAGUUCAGGCUAGCAAACCUUAAGUUUUUCGCUUUGACUUUGUGCAGUAGUCUCCGUCGCGAUGUCUCAUGCGAGGUUUUGGCCUCAAGUGUUAGACAUGAGCAUUUAUCACCUUCUGAAGUCAACGCCCCUCACUCCCCACUGUUUGUUAGACUGGGCGGGUGCGGCGUGGCUGACGAAAAUUCCGAGUUGAAGAGUGUGCUCUGAGAACAAGAACGCACCUGCCAAGGUAAAUUGCAGUACACACGCAAGAGGCAAUUGUUGCAUUGAAGUGACCUUGCCUGCUUACACUAACCGAACAUUGAAG